AUGCCAUUGCGUACCCUAAGAUGGCCCCACGGCUGGAGCUUGCUGAGAGCUGCAAGGUUUUCGGAGCCUUUGGCACUCCGGCACCAGGAGGCAAGAAGAGGUGCAGUGCCUUCGACUUGUUUUGCUUGUUUGUGGGCCUCGGGAGUUCUAGCCACACGUGCGUGCCGUGCGCAAAGACGCCAGCUUCGCACUGCGAUGUUUGCCGUUGCUUCUCCAGUCAUGGACAGGCGGCGCUCCGCGCCGAUUUUGAGCCCCAGGAGAAAGGCGGCCACUGCAGGCUCAGCGCGGCCCUACAGAGAUGUAGAUUUGCCGAUCCAGCAGAUCUUACCUUCGGUGCUGGAGCAUUGCAAGUCCACGUCGGCAGAUUUGGUCUUGCAGGUGGAGUCCGACGUGGUCCGGAGGAUUGACCAAAAGUGGACCAUGCGACCUGAAGUCAUGGACUCUAUGGUUGCAAAGUAG